CCACGUCGCUUUUCGGGGCGCCGGAGCGCACGCACGUCAGCUAUGGCUUCCGCGGACACCCGGCGAGGGGGCAACGGCGGUGAUGUGGGGGGCUCCUUCCAGCCCUACCUAGACUCCCUGCGGCAGGAGCUGCAGCAGAGGGACCCGACCGUGCUCUCAGUCGUGGUGGCGCUUCUGGCGGUGCUGCUGACGCUGGUGUUCUGGAAGCUCAUUCGGAGCAGCAGGAGCAGCCAGCGAGCUGUUCUUCUGGUCGGCCUUUGUGACUCCGGGAAAACGUUGCUCUUUGUUAGAUUGCUCACAGGACUUUACAGAGAUACUCAGACUUCUAUUACUGACAGUUCUGCUGCAUACAGAGUCACCAAUUCUCGGGGCACAAACCUGACCUUGAUUGACCUCCCUGGCCAUGAAAGCUUGAGACUUCAGUUCUUGGAGCGUUUUAAGGCUUCAGCCAGGGCAGUGGUGUUUGUCGUGGAUAGUGCAACAUUUCAGCGGGAGGUGAAAGAUGUGGCUGAGUUUCUCUAUCAAGUCCUCAUUGACAGCAUGAGCCUGAAGAACACGCCCUCAUUCCUGAUCGCUUGCAAUAAACAAGACAUUACAAUGGCAAAGUCAGCAAAAUUAAUUCAGCAGCAGCUUGAGAAAGAACUCAACACUUUACGAGUCACCCGUUCUGCUGCCCCCAGCACAUUGGACAGUUCCAGCACGACCCCUGCUCAGCUCGGAAAGAAAGGCAAAGAGUUUGAAUUCUCACAGCUGCCCCUCAAAGUGGAGUUCCUGGAGUGCAGCGCCAAAGGCGGGAGCACCGGCUCGGCUGACAUCCAGGACCUGGAGAAAUGGCUGGCCAAGAUUGCCUGAGCCACAGCGCCCAGCGCCAGGCCGUGUCCAUAUGUGGGGAAGGGGUGUCACUGGUGAAGACGGGAGACAGAUGCAGUCAGAGACAUAUCCUCAUAGGGACAACCAGUGGUUGAAACCAGCUGUGAUGUGUCGAAGUUCAAACCCUUGUAACUGUGUUGUUUCCCCUCCCCCGCCCCCUCUUCCCCCCCC